AUGCAAACACAAACAGAGAUGGAUCCGCCAGUGGCUAGCAUAAGCACAGAAAGAUUCACUGCGCUCUGGGAAAUUUUCCAAGUGGAAGCAAACAAGCUGGCGAGCGGGAUUUCGUGCAGCGGCAUGAAAAUAUACACGGCUAUCUACCAAAUUGUAAGCGGCGGAGACAUAUCCUACUCUGUGCGUCUGCACUGGUGUAUAGGGAAGUUCUUCUUCGCGUUUUGCGUGAGCCUCCGAGAGAGGAUACAGGGCGACAACUGGGUGGAGGAGUACGUGCGUGCGUUCUGCAAGUACGAGCGGACCGUUGAAACGAUAGACCUGCUGUGCCUGCACCUGAACGAGGCCAUUAUUGACAACAAAGAGUGCAAAAACGUGAAGGACCUGGGGUAUGUUAUAUGGGAACGGUGCAUUCUCCGGCAGCGAUACGAGAACAAGCUCCCGGCCCUCUUUGAGUCGCUGCCCGAGAGACGGGAGUUUUCGGGGGUGUGUCUCCGGUCUCUGAGCAAAAUAGUGACAAACUCGAAAAACAGGCUGGAGUACUACAAAAACAACUACGAGGCAGGGCUGCUCGCAGGCGUGGUAAGGAGGUUCAACGAGAACAUUCGGGCGCAGAAAGAGCCCAGCCUGGCUGCGCAUCUGGCGAACUGCAGCAGGUGGAUAGCGAUGUACAAGCAGGAGUACUCUUCUCUCCUGCUGCCUAUUUCCUUGCCUGUGCUUGAGGAGGUGCUGGAGAAGGUCGUGUUCACCAAGCACGCGCACGUCCUGAAGGACGAGAUUCUGCGCAUUUUGAACCGAAAAAACCCGGCGGAGAUAAAAGAGCUGUGCAGUGCUGUGCGCCCCCUUCGUAAAAAGGUGUUCCCGGCGUUUCUCCUGUACAUAGAGGAGUUCAGCAACAGCGUCUGGCCGGAGGGGAAGAGCUGCGCAGUGUCGGGCGCCGCCUACAGGGAGAUUUUGGGGCUUCUUUCCUCGAGCGAGUGCGAGCAGACAGAAAAAAUACUUGCAAGCACGCUUUCUGCGCGGAUAUCGCGGGCGGGCAUUGGAAAAGAGCUCUCCGACUAUGUGGAGGCGCUUGUUGCGCAAAAGAACCUGGAAGAGAUAAAAAUAGCAGACGUGCUCCUGAAAAACAUCACCAUAAAGGAGGAGCGGGAGAUGUUCUGCACGGCGUACGUGCAGAAGCUGUCAGAGCGGCUUUUCUCUCUUAAGUUCGACCCCUCAACAGAGCGGGUUGCUGCUGAGUCGCUGAGCCUCCCCUGGGUUCUAAAGAAGAAGGUGCGCAGGAUCUUUGACGACAUGGUGCAGAGCACAAAGGAGAACGAGCACUUCAGAACGCUGUACGGCAUGGAAAACUUCAAGUACAUCACCCCCGCAAGCAACGAGAUCUUUUUCUACUGCAUUGUUACAACAGCCUGUGUGUGGCCAAUCCCCGAAGAAGCUAUGAUGGGCAUGCGGCUCCCGCCGGAAAUGGACGCAAUUUUGUCUGCGUUUUCGGGGCAGUACCUGGAGAAAAACCCAAAGAGGCGCCUCUCGUGGGUGGAAGCCCUGUCCACCAUAGAAAUUGAGUUUGAAACCGACCGGAGGUACUGCAUGGAAAUGCCGCUUGCACACUACACUGUUCUGGCAGCAGUUGAAAAGGAGCCGGCUGCGCUUGAAAGUGUGAUGGCUGCGGUCGGCCUCAGCACCAAGAGCACUGUAAACAUUCUUGAGUCCUUGCAAAGCAUCUCCAUUGUGCGGCACGCUGCAGGGCUCUACUUUUUCAACGACAGCUUUACAAGCACCCAGCAGAAAAUAAAGCUGUGUCCAACAGAGAGCUCCUCAAAGCGCGCGGGGAACCGAAAGCCGUACUACCAGGCAUGGAUAUCGAAAACCCUCAAACACACAGGAGAGUGCGCGCUGGAUGCCCUGAUGGCGGCGAUUCAAAACGCGCACACAACCAUCUUCGACUGGAACAUGGAGGAGUAUGCAGACGCGCUGAGGAGCCUAAGCGAGCGUGGGCUUGUGGAAAUAGUGGACUCAACUGUGCGCUAUCUUCCGUAG